AAUGUAGGAGUAGGGCAACUCCUAGCCAGGACUGUUGAGCCAGCACACUCACAGUGUGUGCAUGCAGUGAGUGUGCCCCAGCUCACCCCACUAACAGCACGAGCUCUGAGUGGUGUCACUGACAGCUGCAUCUCACAGGGCUUCACAACCCCCAGCUUUAUCUUGUGGUCUCUCCUGCAUGUGAUUCAGCAGCACAGAACAUGGCGGUUUGUAGGGACUUCCUUGUGAAGUGGACUUUCAUUCCCUAACUGGGGUAAGGCUCAGUCCACAGAGACCUCCAAAAAGCUGAAAGGGCUGUUUCAUGCUACUGAUUGGGAUGGCAGCUCCUCUGCUCUGUUUACUGUUUUAGGUCUCAUUACUGAAGCUGACAGUGUUCCUUUCCAUUCUGGAAGUACACUUUGUGCACCAGACAUCUCUGACCAAGAGCCUUGUGCCUGUCAAGGGCAGACACAGAGGCACAGCUCUGUGCCCUUGUGAUGCUGAGGUUUCUGUAAUGCUCAGUGGAGUGCUCAUGCUGCACCUCCUAUCUUGGCUUCCCACUGGUUAAUCUUUCCCUUCCUUUUCUAGACAGUUAUUUUUGGCUGCUGUGAUUGCCCUUACAGGGUUUUUCCUUGCACUGAGUCACUGUUCUGGGCUGUGCCAAGAGGAAUUUUGGCAUUGUGGAAUAAAUGCCAUCACUCUUCCUGCUCACAAUUGUCACUAAUGUCUUUGAGUUUGUGCUAUUGCAUCUUGGGGCUUGCUCUGACUUUGCUCUUCUCUGCUGAUACUAUUGCCUUUGUCAUUUAGAUAAAAUCUUUAAUCAAGAGGACAAAAGAGACUGCGAAUGUGCAUCCAAUGUCUCGGGACCUCUCUCCAAGGCGCAAACUAGGUCCUGCCAUAUUCCACAAGACUGAGUCCCAGGAUCGCUUGAUUGAGGAGCUUCAGGACAGGCUGGGCAUCGAUAACCAGGAGCAGGAAGAAUGGCCAAGCCAGGAUGCCUGGCUGACAGAGGGGGUCAUUGUCACUGCCAGGCCCCGGGGGGAAGAGCAGAGUGGUGAACAGCAAGUAGAGAAGGUGGUUUUUCCUCCAGAAUCCCCGCUCCUCUCCAGGAGGACAAUCUCUGUUCCUGUCUCUUCCCAUCUCCAGCCUUCCAAAGAAUCUGCAAAGAUAGUCCCUGCUAAUGCUGCUCCUUCUCCUGCCUCUGGCCCUGCACCUCUUCUCUCACUCCCACCUCAGCCUUCCUCUGUGUCAUCUACCCCAGCUCCUAGUCCAGUCUCUUCCUCUUCCUUCAGCUUGGCUCCCCAGCCUCUCUUCCAGUGGGAAGCUUCUGAUAAUGAUUAUCAUGAGGUUUCUGUUGUGGGCACCCCUCCUAAUGAAGAUCCCAAACAUUCCUGUUCUCCCCAGACCUGGACUCCUCGCACCAAGGCAGUUGUCUCUGUUGGCUGUCAGACUGAAGAUGAAGCUUUCUUCCCAGAAAUGCAGGUGACCUGUGCUCCUCCCCUAGUCCGCAGUGCCAGUCUGUUGGCUGCUCCUGCACCCUGGGGCCCCACAGCCCCUGACAAGUUCAUGGCACAGGGAAAAGCUGGGAGCAGCUCCCCUCCAUCCACAGCCUCCAAGCCUGGCAGUCAGCUGGAUACCAUGCUGGGAAGCCUUCAGUCUGACCUGAACAAACUGGGUGUAGCUACAGUUGCCAAAGGUGUCUGUGGAGCCUGCAAGAAGCCUAUUGCUGGGCAGGUAGUUACAGCCAUGGGGAAAACCUGGCACCCUGAGCACUUCGUCUGCACCCACUGCCAGGAGGAGAUCGGCUCCCGGAACUUCUUUGAGCGGGAUGGGCAGCCCUACUGCGAGAAGGAUUAUCACAACCUCUUCUCUCCUCGCUGCUACUACUGCAACGGGCCCAUCCUCGAUAAAGUGGUGACUGCUUUGGACAGGACAUGGCACCCUGAACACUUUUUCUGUGCCCAGUGUGGAGCUUUCUUUGGACCUGAAGGGUUUCACGAGAAGGAUGGCAAAGCCUAUUGCCGCAAGGACUACUUUGAUAUGUUUGCUCCCAAGUGUGGAGGCUGUGCCCGGGCUAUCCUGGAGAAUUACAUCUCUGCCUUGAACACCCUGUGGCACCCCGAGUGCUUUGUCUGUCGGGAGUGUUUCACCCCGUUUGUCAACGGCAGCUUCUUCGAGCACGACGGGCAGCCCUACUGCGAGGUGCAUUACCACGAGCGCCGCGGCUCGCUCUGCUCCGGCUGCCAGAAGCCCAUCACAGGACGCUGCAUCACUGCUAUGGGCAAGAAAUUCCACCCAGAACACUUUGUCUGUGCCUUCUGCCUCAAGCAGCUCAACAAAGGAACCUUCAAGGAGCAGAACGACAAGCCCUACUGCCAGAACUGCUUCCUCAAGCUCUUCUGUUAGAGGCACUAUAGACGGGCGCUCAAGCAUCUUUCUGCCACCCCCUUGGCAGUUCUGUCUCUCUGAACAUUACUGUGAUUUAGGAACCUUACCAGGCAGGGGAGGAGGGGGGUGGGGGGUGGGAGGUGCUGCUAUGGAGAGGCAGUAGAUCCAGAGAUGAGAUGGACCAUUAAACUGGAAACGCCCUUGCUGUGUCUCAGAAGAGAGAGGCUGAGAUCCCUCACUGUGGUGUGUGUGUCUGUGUGUGACUGACAGCUGAGCUUAGCUCGAGGGCUCUUAACAGGGAGACUUUCCCAGCCCCCUCCUGGCAGCAGGAGGCUUUGCCAGUACAUUUCAGCCUGUGUCAGCUCUGAGCAAACGGUGACACUUGCAGACAACACAACCCUCUGCUUUGACACCUCAUUCUCAGGCUUUUGCCUGCUCGUGUGCAGGGUGACAGCGCAGCGAGGCCACCCUGUGACCUCAGUGCCACCCUGGCUCUCCUCGCAGUUACACUGCGUGUGUGACUUGCUGAGGGCAGAGCAUCAGCACAGGCAGCCAGGACCCUGCAAGGGUCUCUCCAGUUCCAUUACACUGUAAGGAGAUAAUACCACUUACUCUUUUUUUAAUUAAGAGGAAUCAAGAUGUUACUGUGUGGGGUGUUUUUCUUUUUUUCCCUGGUUUGUUACUCCCUUUCUCAAUGCCUUCUCUCAGCACACUGGAGCAGGAGGUGGGGUAAGCCCCAAGCAUCCCUCAGCACUGUUGUGCUCUCCUGUGGGGACUGCAGCUCCAUAGGCACCCAGGCCAGCUCAGGGAAUCUGCUCCCCUCACCUGCUGCUCCUGGCAGAGGAAGAGGCAUCACCCCUUCUUUACACACAGGUGCAGAGAGGUUAGAGCAGCCUUUUUCAUCCAGCCCUGUCAUGAGCGAGUGUGACGUGCGAGUGUUUAUCUGCCCUGGGACUCUCCCAUCUAUCAGGGCCUCAAUCUGUCACAAGAGUGGCUACAAGGAAGGGUUUAAGAAGCCAGGAAAAAAAAUUCCUAAAUUUAUAUCCUUUCCUCUUCCAGUUUGCUAAUGAGACCUAUCAGCCCCUUGGUGUUUCCCUUUUCUGUGCUCCUGUUAAACAUGUUCUACUGAGAGAUGCUACAGCAAUAACCUUUUAUAUUGACUGUUACUGGUAUAACAAGUCCUGGGGGGUCAGGUGUGCAUGACACACUUGGAGUUUUACUAUCAAAGUGAAUACUGUAUCCUGUCUUUGAUAAGAACUGUAGAUUUCUACACUGAUUUUGAAUUCAUAUCUAAUUUACUUUUAAUCCUCUUAUACAGAAAUUGGUUUUGAAGUGAUUUUAAGAAAGCAACUUUUAUAUCAAGCUGUGCUGUUCUAGGCAGUGUGCCAGUUGUGCUGGUUUACUGCAUCUGUAAUCUCAAUGCUUUAUUAAGCCUAACUAACAUUCAAUAUUUCCUUUUUGUUGCGGGUUGGGAGGGGCUGGAAUCUAUGGGCAAGGGAACAUGACUUGUAUUUUUUUUUCUCUAGCACAGGCAGGUGAUCUGUGAAUAGAUUUGAGGUUUUUUUUUUUUCCCUCCUCUGGGUCACCCAAAAGUAUAAUUUCGGUUUUUAUUGUAAUCUGUAAACUGCUGUAUUUGAAUCACCUGCCGUUCUCCCAAAGCCCAGCUUCCAGGAUGUUAAAAGUGAGUCUUAAUAUGCUAGGGGGGAAGGAGUUCAGAUCUUUUACCUUGGUUUCUCUUCUUCAGCUGCCUGAAACCAGAACAGGGUUAAUUGGGGAAGGGGCUCCUUUCUUUCUGUGGAAGAAAGGUCUUGUGAUUGAGGAGAAGAGACUGGGAGACAGAGUCUGUUCCUGACGAGCUGUGCAGCUUUGGGCCAGUCACUAAACCUUACUGUGCCUCAGUUUCCCCAUCUGUAAAAUGGGGGCAGUUUAGCCUGGAUUUGUGAGGUUAUUGUGAGACCUAGCUGAUGUUUGGUAAAGCACUUUUAGGUCUCUGGCUGGAGGGUGCUGUGGAGAGGGAAGCACUGUGCUGAAAUUCCCAGUGGCAUACCAGCCCUGGGAGCAGUGUUUGGAAUUCCUGCUCCAGAGAGCUGCAGCUCUGUCACCAUUGCCAUCUGGUUGUAUUUGCAGCUCGGCAAGUGCAUUCUAGGGCUCCAGGGGUGUCAGAAACCAGCCCUGAAACCCACGGGUCACUGUCCCAUGUAACCUCAUCACGGUGCUGCGCUGCCCUGCUCAGGUCACUGAAACUGUCCCCAUGGAUUUCCCCCAACAAACAAACCUCAGUGUGUGGGUGUGAGGCCAGAGGGAGCUGUGGGAGCGCUGGAGCUGUGUCAGCUGGGCUGAGCACAGCUCUGGGAAAUUCUUGAGGCAAGAGGCCUUGUGCAUUUUCAUCUUGUAGUCUAUUUGACUUAAAACGGAUGUUCCUAAGCUGCCUGUGUUUAUCUCUGGAAUAGUCAUCUUCCUUGGUGCCACUGAGGGGACACACAGCUGUUGUGUGCAGAUGCUGGAGAGGGGUGAGAUGUUUCUGGCACUGCCACUUUAUGUGACACCUGCAAACUGUGUAAUCCUGUGCCUCAGUUUCCCUGUCUGGGGAGUUUUUAACCUACCUCACUGCUAGCUGAGGCUUUGUCAGUGACUCUUGUGGCACACCUGGGUGCAGGGUGCUGUGUGGGCUGUGUGGUGCUGAGAGGAUGCUCCUCUGGCCUUAGUGCUUAACCGAGAUGAUGUCACACUCACCUUCUGCCUUCAUCUGGUGUCUGAUAUGCUGGGAUGCCACACCAAUGCUACUCUGCCAAAUAAUGCCUGGUGGUGGCUGCGGCCGCUGUGGGUGUCCAAAAUGCCUGUUCGUUCAGUACAGAUGCAGUUUUAGGGCAGCGCAGCCGCUGUUGGGCUGUGGGGGUGCUCCGGGAAGGUGUGUGUGUGCCCCCGGGCCAGGCGCUAUCCUGGGAAGGCCUUUCGCAUCAUGGCUGGGCUGGGGGAAGCUCCGCUGGGUCGACAAUUAUUUGAUUCUCUCCUCCCUUGUAAACUUCUAACUCCGCUUUUUUUUUUUUUUUUCUCUCUCCAUUUAAAAUUCUUGCAGUUAUGCCAAUAAAAUUUU